UCUGCUUGGUAAGCAGCCAACGAUGCCACCCAAGAAACGCAUUGCAAGAAAGGCGCCGGGCGAUUGGGUCAGCCAGUCUCCGCCGCCGUCACCGUCCCCGUCGCCGUCGCCGUCACCGUCGCCCGUUCGGAAGCUGUCGAUAGGCACCCAGACCGAGAUUCAAAACAGUGCGGCUCCCAGCCGUGCGCCAACUCGCCCCAAGAAGGUCACCAGCAAGGACCAGAUGAGCAUGAUACGCCGUGGCGUGCGUAGGGCCAGCGAGCUGACCCAUGUCCAAGCGCAAGCCAACAAAGAACGUUACAUCAUCGCUCGCCCAGGCGUGGCCGGGGAUAUUCCACUGCCAUUGGCCAACGAGAAGGCUUGCCAGGCCACACCGCCGGUGCUCAAGGAAUUGCAGAUCAGUCCUCCAGGGAAUCCCGUACUGUUCGAGGUACUGAAUAUUCCCGAGAUGUCGGUGGAGCAAAUGCGCAUGGAGCGCAUCCACAAUGCCGAGGUGAACCGACUCAAGUACCUGAUGGACAUUGUCAAUGCGGAUAUGCCACCGCACUGGAAUCUGGCCUCAAGCAUGUGGCGGGAGAUUGACUACCUGGAGGACAGCAUUGAGGCGUACCAGAAACAGUUAGCCAAAUAGAAGCAAAGCACAAUACACACAAAAAAAAACA